CAUCAAUUAUCGAUAACCGCUGUUACUGAGCUUACAUCUCUAGUGGAGUGUUGAAACAAUUAAAUAUUUGCAGUUUUAUUGUAAAAUAAGGCCAAACCAGCAUGCCAGACGCCGAACAACUGCCCGAGGGCUGGGAGAAGCGCACCAGCCGCUACACAGGUCUGAGCUAUUACCUGAAUGUGCACACCAAGGAAUCGCAGUGGGACCAGCCCACGGAACCGGCCAAGAAAAGUGGCGGCGGCGGAUCCGGCUCCAGCUCCGCAUCCGCGGCCGGGGGAGAUGCCCCCGACGAGGUGCAGUGCCUCCAUCUGCUGGUGAAGCACAAGGGCAGCCGGCGUCCCAGCUCGUGGCGCGAGGCGAACAUCACCCGCACCAAGGAGGAGGCCCAGCUGCUCCUGGAGGUCUACCGCAACAAGAUAGUCAACCAGGAGGCCACCUUUGACGAGCUGGCCCGCUCCUAUUCCGACUGCAGUUCCGCCAAGAGGGGUGGCGACCUCGGAAAGUUCGGCAGAGGUCAGAUGCAGGCUUCAUUCGAGGACGCCGCCUUCAAGCUGAACGUCGGCCAGCUGUCGGGCAUCGUCGACAGCGAUUCCGGCCUGCACAUCAUCCUGCGCAAGGCCUAGACCCCUCAGCCCCUCGACCACCGACUCCACAGCUCACGCGUCUCUUCACAUGAAUAAAACGGAAUAUACAGUCAUUUCAAUAUA